AUGGGACACCUAAUCACUGUUGCGACGUGCAAUCUGAACCAAUGGGCUCUAGACUUUGAAGGCAACAGAGACCGUAUCCUACAAUCUAUCGUGGAAGCGAAAAGCAGAGGUGCCUCUCUUCGUGUUGGUCCAGAGUUGGAGAUUCCAGGAUACGGGUGUUUGGACCAUUUCAUUGAGAACGACACCUAUCUGCAUUCCUGGGAGAUGUAUGCAUCGUUAUUGGCCAACAAGGAGACACAUGGUAUCUUGCUGGACAUUGGAAUUCCAAUUCUACACAAGAAUGUCAAGUACAAUUGUCGUAUCCUGUCAUAUGAUGGAAAGAUUCUUCUCAUUAGACCGAAGCUGUGGUUGGCGAACGAUGGUAAUUACAGGGAGAUGAGGUAUUUCACCCCAUGGCAAAGACCAAGAUACGUUGAGAAGUAUGUUCUUCCAAGAAUGAUACAAAAGUUGACUGGUCAGGUCAGUGUGGAUUUUGGGGACGCUGUUAUCUCUACAUUGGACACGGUGAUUGGUGCAGAGACAUGUGAAGAGUUGUUCACUCCUGAUUCGCCACACAUCGGUAUGUCACUUGAUGGUGUUGAGAUCAUAACAAACUCCUCGGGCUCUCACCACGAAUUGAGGAAAUUGAACACGAGAUUGAAUCUCAUCACGGAGGCAACAACCAAAUGUGGAGGUAUAUACCUCUACGCUAAUCAGAGGGGUUGUGAUGGUGAUAGACUAUACUACGAUGGCUGUGCACUGAUUGUGGUUAACGGUGAAGUGGUUGCUCAAGGGUCUCAGUUUUCAUUGAAUGAUGUUGAGGUUGUUACUGCAACCAUUGACUUGGAAGACGUUAGAGCUUACAGAAGCCAAAUCUCUUACGGUUUACAGUGUACUCAAACCCCAACCUAUGAACGUGUUCAUGUCCCAAUUGAGCUCUCACCAUCGUCAAUCACAUUCGACGCCAGAAUCGUUCCAUCCAGACCUAGAGAGAUUAGAUAUCAUCGCCCAGAAGAAGAGAUUGCUCUAGGUCCUGCUUGUUGGAUGUGGGAUUACGUUAGACGUUGUAACGGUGCAGGUUUCUUCCUUCCUCUAUCUGGUGGUAUUGAUUCAUGUGCGACUGCAACUAUCGUCCAUUCCAUGUGUCGACUUGUUGUCAAAGCUGCUGUAGAGGGUAACGAACAAGUGAUCAAGGAUGCUAGAAGAAUUGCAAACGUUCAAGAUGACGCUUGGAAGCCUACUGACCCUGUUGAAUUUGCCUCGAAGAUCUUCCAUACUUGUUACAUGGGAACUGAAAACUCCUCAGCUGAAACCAGGGCAAGAGCCAAGGAGCUUAGUGAAAAGAUUGGGUCAUACCACGUUGAUUUGAACAUGGACACUUUGGUUGCUGCAGUAGUGUCGGUAUUUGAGGUUGCUACAGGAAAGAGGCCUAUUUUCAAGAUCUUUGGUGGCUCUCAGACGGAGAACUUAGCACUACAAAAUAUUCAAGCAAGAUUGCGUAUGGUUCUUGCCUACCUGUUUGCUCAGCUUCUACCAUGGGUCCGUGGUAGACAAACAGGUGGAUUGCUUGUCUUGGGUAGUGCCAACGUUGAUGAAUGUCUAAGAGGUUACUUGACAAAAUAUGACUGUUCCUCUGCUGAUAUCAAUCCUAUUGGAAGCAUUUCUAAGACGGAUCUAAAGAAGUUCAUCGCAUACGCAGAGACUGAGUUCAAGUUGCCUAUUCUCAAGGAGUUCUUGGAGGCAACACCAACUGCUGAGUUGGAGCCUAUCACUGAGAACUAUGUUCAAUCAGAUGAGAUUGAUAUGGGAAUGACCUACGAGGAGCUCAGCAUUUUUGGCCGUUUGAGAAAGAUCCAAAAGUGUGGUCCUUAUUCUAUGUUCUUGAAGUUGUACCAUGAGUGGACACCAAGGCUUACACCUCGUCAAAUUGCUGAAAAGGUGAAGAGAUUCUUCUUUUUCUAUUCAAUCAACAGACAUAAGAUGACUGUCAUGACACCUGCCUAUCACGCCGAGAACUAUUCUCCGGAUGACAACAGAUUUGACCUCAGACCAUUCUUGAUCAACCCAAGAUUCCCUUGGGCUUCGAAGAAGAUUGACGAAAUCGUGGAGCAAUCAGAGAAGGGUCUCACUGACAACUUGGAACAGUUAACAGUUGACUAA